AUGGGGAACGUGGCAGCCGAUUCACCAUGCUCCAGCUCCUCCACGGUCACCAACCCGGCCACUCCUUCCUCGUCCGGGUCGAACCGGGACAAACCCGACCCGGAACCGGAAACCAAAAGGCUGAAGCGAGGGCGAGAGGAAGGCGGCGGCGGAAAAAGCGGGGAGAAGCACCCGGUGUACAGAGGGGUGAGAAUGCGAACGUGGGGGAAGUGGGUCUCCGAGAUCCGGCAGCCGAGGAAGAAGAGCCGGAUCUGGCUGGGGACCUUCGCCACCGCCGAUAUGGCGGCGCGUGCGCACGACGUCGCCGCGCUCAGCAUCAAGGGGGCCGCCGCCGCCGCCGCCAUCCUCAACUUCCCCGAACUCGCCGGCUCCCUCCCGAGGCCGGCAUCCAACUGCCCCCGCGACGUCCAGGCCGCCGCCGUCAAGGCCGCCGCCAUGAGCUUCGGCGGCGCCGCGACGUCGUCGUCCUCCGCCUCCUCGCUUCUCUCGUAUUCCUCGUCGUCGGCGGCGGAGGUCUCCUCCGCGCCGUCGUCGAGGGACGGAGACGGGGAGGCGGCGGCGGAGGAGGAGCUCUGCGAGAUCGUGGAGCUGCCGAGGUUGGGAUCGGAGUCGGCGGCGGCGGCAGCGGCGGAAUUGGUGGACGAGUUUGUGUGGCACGGGGACUCCUGGCUGUAUGAUCGGAGGUGGAGCGACGACUACUACGGCGGCGGCGGAGGCGGCGGCGUGGGAGGUGGAGAAUACUUUAGCGACGAAAUACUGUCUUUAAUGGCGGAGACGACAGGCGGCGGCAGCGGCGGCGGUGGUUUUGGAAACUCGUUGUGGCAGCAUUACUAG